AUUGGGCAGAAAGGUACGGCACCUGUAAUGUAGGGAUGGUCUAAAAGUGGAUUUACAGGGGGAUUUACAUUCCUUGUAUUGCAAAUACAUCUGAAAACUUCUGUCAAAAUACAGUGUGAAAGGAGAGAACGUGUCUGUCAUGGAGACUUUGCUCAGCGCUGUUGCUACGGAUUCCCCUAUACACAGCCCUGGUCUUAGAUCCAACCCCGAAUGAUUAUUACCGAAUACGCCCGUGUACUGAGCUUCUAAAGGGAGAUCCGGGAAUCCCCGGGCCGCAAGGGCUGCAAGGAGAUCCUGGUAUCAAUGGGUCAAUUGGAGUAAAAGGUGAUCCUGGGCAAAUGGGACCGCAAGGUGCAAAAGGAGAUAAUGGAGGUGGUGCCCUAUCGUAUGUUGCAAGGAACUGCAAGGAGCUGCUGGAUCAGGGGGUGGUAAUGAGCGGUUGGUACACAAUAUACCCGGAUAGGAUGGCGCCCCUGCAGGUUCUGUGUGACAUGGACACUGAUGGGGGAGGUUGGAUAGUUUUCCAAAGACGCUACGAUGGCUCAGUAGACUUCUACCUUGGCUGGGAUUCCUACAGGAGGGGGUUUGGCAGCCGCCUGACUGAGUUCUGGUUGGGGAAUGACAAUCUCAGUCAUUUAACAUCAAGAGGUACAUGGGAUCUGCGUGUGGAUCUGAGGGACUUUGACAAUACAGCCUAUUAUGCCAAGUACUCAGCCUUCCGGAUUUCCCCCGCCUCUGAUAAUUACAGGCUAACAAUUGGUGCAUUCCUUGGUGGUAAUGCAGGAGAUUCCUUGACUUACCACAAUGGAAUGGCAUUUUCUACCAAGGACAGGGACAAUGACCAGUGGGUCUAUAACUGCGCUACUAAUUGGCCGGGAGCCUGGUGGUUCAAUGUCUGCUUUUAUUCAGAUCUCAAUGGGGUCUAUCGACUGCAGCAGAAUGAAAAUCCCAUUGGUGUGUUGUGGCCCACUGCCAACACCAGCAUUUCUAGAUAUUCCUUCAAGAUAUCAGAAAUGAAGAUCAGGCCUGAGUAAGGACGCGGGAGACUUGCCAUUCCUCUAUAAGUCCCAAUUAAGGGCAGCGGUGCCUAAAAUAUGGGACUAAGCUCAAUACAAUAAAUGGGGGGUUGGAAGGCUGAAGAAAAAUCAGGAGCAACUUUGGGGUUGGAUGCUUAUUUACUGUUAAGAUUGUCAAAAACGGGCCCAGGACCCAUCCCAGUAAUGCAGCAAUGCAAACCCCUGUGUUACACAAGAUAUUAAUGUUGAACUUUCACACUUCUGAAUGGCUUUUUUAUUAGAGAAUUAUCUUUAUUAUUCCUCCAUCAUUCUCUUGCUGGAGUCGUUACACACCGUGAUACAUUGCUCCAUGGAAAGGCAUUCCUUGCUAUUGUUUAGUCUAAAUACAGCUAAGGGCCGUGAAUUCCAUGAAUAUCAUAGAGGGCAUCUCCCACACCAUAUGGCUAUGUCUGGCAGUGGGGGAACGGUGGGCCGAGGUGGUGCUGAAUCAGCUUUUCCUAUGGGGAUAUCUAUCUUGGCACAUGCAUUGGAAUCCCUGGGCUAAUGGCUUCCAGCCAACUGACCCGCUGUAUUAUACUGUACUCCUGGCUUCUGUCUGUUGUAGAAAUGUAUUUUGCCAAAGUGAAAUAAAUCUAAAUUGGGUAAAAAACUGG